AUGUCCCGCACCAACAACCUCGCCUUCACGGCUCCCAUCAACCCACCAGGCCUCACCCCGCUCACCCGGUCACAGAUCUGGGCCGGCCUGCAGCUCAAAGUCCGCUCCGCCGAGACCUUCGUCGCCGCCGCCAUUCAAUCCACCGACGUCCUCAGCGAGUCCACCGACCCGGUGACCGGCAACGCCGUCACCGUGCGCGAAGUCCUGUUCCGCGAGUCGCAGAAGAAGGUCAAGGAGGUGGUCACCGCGUUCGAGCCGUGCCGCGUGGAGUUUGAGCAGCCGGACGGGAGCCGCGUGAGCAAUGUGGUGAGCGAGGGCGCGGCGGGUGAGCUGUACAUGACGUAUAUCUUUGAGUGGCGGCAUCCGGGCGUGUCGGCGGAGGAGCUGGCGGCAGCAUUGGAGAAGGAGAAGGCGAUGAGUCGGGCGGCGGUGGAGGGGACGAUUCGCGUGCUGCGGCAGCUUGUGGAGGCGGGCAAGCUGUGA